AGGCAAUUUUUAAAUGGGCAUAUUAACAGAAAAAACAAUAUUGUCAUGGGAAGAAAGUAAAAACUACGUACAAAUUGUAAAAGAUAUAGGAGUGUCUCAAUUCAUUAAUUUAUAUCACAAAUGCAAAAAUAGGAAAACACCGUCCUUUUUAUGGGGUGACGAGAUAGAAUACAUGCUUGUCUCCUUCCAAGAUGAACAGCGUAAUGCAAGAAUUUGCUUAAAAUGUGAAUAUAUUCUUUCCAAAAAUCUAAAAUCAAAAAAUAAUUCUAAAUUAAUUCUCCAUCCCGAAUUUGGAUCUUACAUGAUUGAGAGUACACCUAGCUCUCCUUACAAGGGUGAUAUGGCAUAUUAUAGAACUGUUCAAUCAAAUAUGACGUUUAGACGAAAUACUAUUAGGAAAGCUCUAAACGCAAAUGAGACUGUGCUUACAAUUACAUCUUUUCCUCGAGCUAUUGCAAAAAAUAUCAAACAACGAUCAGGUCAUAAUCCCAUAUAUAUACCAAUUUUUAAAGAUGUAAAGACAGCCGAUCCUUUUAUCGAAGAUCCUAUUAUCGAAACCUUCGAUAAAACCGACAAUAUAAAUUCGUGUCCAUUAACCAUUCCAAAUCAUUUACACAUGGACUCGACCUGUUUUGGUAUCGGGUGUUGUUGUUUACAAGUGACUCUUCAAGCCUACGAUAUGGAAGAAGCGCAAUAUAUUUAUGAUCAAUUAGCAGUUCUGUCUCCAAUGAUGUUAGCUUUGAGCGCAGCUUCGCCAAUAUUUAAAGGACAUUUAAUUGACAAAGAUACGAGAUGGGAAAUAAUUUCAAAAUGUUGCGAUGAUAGAACAAAUGCCGAAUUGGGAAAUCGAUUCGGGAAAAAGUCAUCCACAUUGAGAAAGUCUAGGUAUGAUUCAAUAGACUGUUAUAUCUCUUCAAUGGGCAGCUACUAUAAUGACAUUUCUGUAUUGAAUGAUACUAAAAUAUAUAAAAGAUUGACUGACGAGGGUGUUAAUGAUUUAUUAGCAUUACAUAUUGCUCAUCUAUAUGAUAGAGAUCCUUUACUUAUCAACAAAGAGGAUAUAUUUCAAUCUGAUGACGAUUACAACCAUUUUGAAACACUUAAUUCUUCUGUUUGGCAAACUGUAAGACUCAAACCACCUUCACCACCGAAUUCUGAUAUGGGUUGGAGAGUCGAAUUUCGUCCAAUCGAAGUUCAAUUGACAGAUUUUGAAAAUGCUGCGUAUGCAAUAUUUAUUGUUUUGUUAACGAGGGUUAUCAUUUCGUUCAAGCUUAAUUUUCUUGUCCCUAUUUCUAAAAUGGAAAAAAAUAUGAAUGAAGCUCAAAAGCUGAACGCGGUUCGGGAUGGGAACUUUUAUUUUCGUUAUAAAAAUAUAAUAAAUACUCACCAACACCAUGGGAAUGAAAUUAUUAUUUUAAAUAAUGUCGACAUAUCAACGAAAAGGGGUGAUUUUAAUAGUUUCCUUGAAGACUGGAGAUUUAUGAAUCUUAAUCAAAUUUUUAAUGGAAAGGGAGAUUAUCCAGGUUUGAUACCUUUAAUUCAUAUAUAUUUAAACAAUAUGGAUACUGACUAUAAGACUUUGUGUUGCAUAAAUCGAUAUUUGGAAUUGAUCGAAAAAAGGGCCUCAGGCAAAUUGUUUACCAUGGCCCAUUGGACUAGAGAUUUCGUUAGAGAUCAUCCAGAUUAUAAAGCUGAUUCUUAUGUCUCUGAUCUAAUUAAUUACGAUUUAUUGAAAAUGUGUGACGCUAUAACCAAGGGACAAAUAAAAUGUCCUGGUUUAUUGGGAAAUUUAAUUUAAUCCUAGUAUACGACUGAGUUACUGUACAUUUGAAAAAUCAUAUUUUUUA